AUGGUCAGUUCAGUUUGCUUUCACCUAUAUAUCUUCAUCUAUAAAAGUUGGCGAACGCACAGCUAGUGAGAGAUGACAGCAUUACCCAGUAAAUCGCUACAACAGCAUUUCAUAUCUUCGGAGGCCACACACCUUAUCAGCGCCAGACCGACAGGAAGAGCAACAAGGUCAUUUCCGGCGGUUCUCUCACAUCAGCAACGCCCGUUUCUUUCCGCAGCAGUUCUUGGCGGAAUCAUUUCGUGUGUUUUAAUAUUGGAUUAGUGCACGCGUCAAUCGUUAAACCGCGGCCAUGGCAUCUACACACGUCUGGGUGUGUCUUUGCUUCUUCUUGUUGUUCAGCCCCGGAAAAUGUCAACAGCAAAAUAUAAAAGAGUGCUACACAAGAAGCAAGACGGCGGUGAGAUAUGACGGACUCCUUGAUGUAAGCAAAUCCGGACAUUCGUGUUUGCCGUGGAGCGAGACGGAACUUCCGUAUGUCGGUAACCAUAGUUACUGCCGAGCACCCAGACCACAGGACCUGCAGCCGUGGUGCUACAUCCAGGGGAGGGUGUCCCGACUGGACGUACCGUGUGCGGUAGAACACUGCAAAGACUCUGCCCACCUCGGAUGUUUUCGCCUGGACAAACCACCGACAGAAGUGCUAACGGCGGCAUUGCCUGUCGCGCAAGACACAAUGACAGUCGACCGCUGUCUUGAGAUUUGUCGAACUGGACUUCAAGACUACGCAGGACUGUCCGGCGGAAACAAAUGUUAUUGUAUCUUCUAUGCAAAACAGAGAUUGCCUGAAGCUGACGACUGCUCGAAGCCUUGUAAAGGUAACGGAGAACAGAAGUGUGGGGGCGAUAGUAGCAUCGACAUAUAUGAUGUGAACAUGGGCCGAUGCGGAGGUAAACACUACGGACUGGAAGGAACCAUCUAUUCGCCAUCGUACCCCGGCUUGUAUCCGAGCCGAAUCAACUGCACGUGGGAAAUAAAUGUUCCCGGGAACAGAAUCAUCCAACUGAGGUUCAAAGACCGCAAUAUUGGUUACCCAACUGACAUUGUGGAUGUUCAGGAUAUGGCCUAUCCCAGGGACCGUGCCAGAAUCACACAAUGGAACCAAAGUAGACGAUUUCUCAGUUCGUCCAACAGUGUACGGAUAUAUUUUAGGUCGGACCACAACAGCGAUGGAGGCCAGUUUACCAUUUUCUACAGAGCGGUUGCCAGCUGCCCAACACCGACCAUCCCCAAUGGGUCCCUCACAUUAGACAGGAGGCCGGACAGGGCUCUGUUCAAGCCGGGGGAAGAAGUCAACUUCACCUUCAGCUGUGAUGCGGGCUACAGAAAGUGCAGGAAGAAACGAAAGUCGGCCACGUGCAAAAACAGCGGCAGUUGGAGUAGACUACCGGAGUGUCGUCCUGAACACUACGACACGUGUGGUGACGCGCAGAUAUCCACAGAAACACCCAGUACAUCACGACAGGCAUCCACAGCAGGGCCAGAAUCAUCCACUACAACGCAGUGGGCUGAUCUGAAGACAACACAGCCAUACACUGCUGAAACAACUCUCGGUACAUCAACCAUUCUUGACCGAGUCACCACAGUAAGAUGGGAGUCCUCCCGGAUGACAACACGCAUAUCUAGCAGUUCUCCACAUACUUCAUUUGCCUCUCCAGAUCCUGUAGGAACUACGGUCAAACACGUGGAGCCAAACCUUUCUGAGGGACAGAAGCAAGGGGUGAACCAGAACAUGAUAAUCGUCGCAUCAGCCGUCACUGGGUGCAUACUGUUGGCUGUAGGGGUUGUUACCUGUGUAGUGAUCUCCAAGCGAAAGGCCAGGGCAAGAAAAAGGCGACGGCUGACCGCUGCACCUCGUGGGCAAAGCACAGACAAUGCAGUCGUGGACGACGUCCUCACGUACAACUUCCGCACGCUUGCCAACACUGCCCAGAUCAGGCUGCAAAUCAUCUCAACUGUAGAAGGUGCUGGAUCCGAUCCAAGUGACCAAAGUCCGGACGCCGGCUACGCAACAGCCAGUAUGACAAAGAAGAAGAUGCUGCCAGACCCACCAGGUGAUGAAGCUAUGUACCAAAACGCUGUCAUGUUCAACACCGCUGAGAGGGCAUCAACGAAGAAGGACCCCUCAAACGCCCCCGCCAUCUACACAAAGGUAAAGAAGAACAAAAGACAGGUGGACAGUCCAGGAUCAACCCUUGGUUCCCAAACAGCCAAGUCCGAGAGGGAUUUUGACACCCGUGAGGCGAAAGUCCGUCCGGAGCCAUGUCCGCGCACAUCCGCGCUCUAUGCAAAGGUUAACAAGAAACGCCCCCCAGAACCGCUUCCAUGGGAACUGGAAGAACUGCGUGAACCGGAUCCGGAGGUGACGUAUCCGGAACUGGACCAUGUGCAAUGUCAUGUUGCAGAAGUCACGGAGUUCCUGCCCGAAGUCACGGCGUCCCACAGCGAGGGUGUGUAUGCGGAAAUUCGUGACAUCAUGGUACAAAAUUCAAGAGAGUCAAGCAGUGAUGACUCUUACAACGCGUAUGAUAAGGCCGCUUAUGGUUACAGUAGUAGUGAAUAGUGUAUUACGUACUGUAAGAAGCGUUUGAUAUGCUGAAAAAUGUAACUACAUAUUCGUAGCGUUGACGACAUAAACACGAAAUUUCGUAUAAGAAUUAGAAAAUGACGAGAAGUUGAGCCAUGUUAGUGCUGGUAUCACAUAACUGCUCGGAACUUUAUAACGUUUUUUGUAACGAAGCUUAAGUGAUGACAAUGAUAACUCUUUGUAUGGUAAAUUUUAUUGAAUAUUCUGCAAUCAGUGACACUUUGUAAAGUGUAAACACGUACCAACAACUUUGUAUGGUAGAUUUUUAUGUGAUCGAGGAAUCUAACCAGCAUCUAGUCAAGAAACAACAGUACCAUGUGUAGACAAAUAUCCUACCAUGAAAUUCCCUGAUGUAAGCUUGAUAUGAUCAGUAGUAAUAAAGGAGUAUUUGUACACACGA